AUGUUCGAACUUGGUUUUGCAUGUAAUAUUACGGAUCAAGUACUUUGUGGAAAAGUACAAAGAGCUUUUACUUCUGCUGGACAAAUACUUUCUGACGCAAUUAUAUUCACACAAACUGUUAGAAUUAAUGCCACGUUCACAGAUAUUUGUGCGGUAUACGGUCUGUGCAAAACAUCAAGCCAGGGAUUAGAAGGCAGAAUAAUCGGUGCGGCUGCACCGGCGAGGAGCAUGAUAAUUGAUGAUGGUGGUAGUGUAAAUAGAUUCUACCCACAAGCUCUUGUAAAACAAAAAAAUAUUCAAAAUCAUCCUGAAUUUGGUCCUGAUGAUAUCAUCGCUAUUUUCAAUAGUAAUAACAUGUCAUAUUGGUUUGAAGAAGAUGGUGUAGAUAUAAAAUCAGAUCAGCUUGACUUUCUAAUGAUUAUAUUACAUGAAUUAAUACAUGGGUUAGGAUUUAUUUCCAGCUUUAAUGAUCAUUCGAUACUUUUUUAUGGAUCUGAUAUUUUUAGCACUGCCGCCUCCAUACAAGCAUUAACACCCUAUAUCGUAGAGGAUUCAAAUACUUACCAUUUUGUUGAAGCCAUAUUCGAUAAAUAUAUGUAUGAGCUCCCUACUGGUCCAAGAGUAUCAAAUAUCACCGCGCAAAUGGAUGUUUUCGGUAAUACACAGUAUCUUACUCCGGAAAGUUUUUUACAGACUUUCCUUUUAUCACCUCAAGGCCAAUAUGCAACACAAUUAUAUUUAAGAGCUACCACACCAAAUAGUUUAGGAUUUUUACCUGACAAUACCAAUCUCAAUGAUGCCAUUAUUCUUGAAACAUCGUUGGUUCCAUAUUCAACUGGUUCAAGUAUUAGCCAUUUUAGUUAUAAAACAUAUAGUAAUACUAGUGAUUUCUUGAUGAGAUUUGCAGCAGAAAGAGGGAUAUCACUUAAACAAAAUAUAUUAAAGGGUGGAAAUUAUUCAUAUGGUCCAAUUGGUCCGAAAUUAAGAGCAUUUUUACAAACUUUAGGAUAUACGAUCAGAGAUCAAGCAUCACUUCCAAAUCCAAGUCCAACUUCAAAUGGUCUUGCUACAGUUACUGCAACGUCAAGUUCUACUAAGAUUAUUCCAGAAAUGAAAUCAUUAAUUUAUUGCAC